AUCCACAAUCUUUGUGAUUAGAAUGAAGCAAUCAAAGGAUCCAUUCGAAGCAGCAUUCGAGGAAUCUCCGCCGGAGUCCCCGGUGGAGACGGAGGCAGAGGCGGAUACGCCAAACCCUCCUUCGUCUUCGGCGCCACCGCUUCCACAGCCUCAGAAGGUGAGCGCCACCAAGGACAAAGACAAAGACAAAGACAAGGACAAGGACGAGGAAGAGGAGGAGGAAGAAGACAACAUGGACGUGGAGCUUGCGAAGCUUCCUUCCGCUGGUGACCCUCACAAAAUGGCCAAGAUGCAGGCGAUUCUCUCCCAAUUCACCGAAGACCAGAUGAGUAGAUACGAGUCCUUCCGCAGGGCUGGCUUUCAGAAAGCUAACAUGAAAAGGUUAUUGGCUAGCAUCACUGGGACCCAGAAAAUUUCAGUGCCAAUGACGAUUGUGGUAUCAGGCAUUGCAAAACUGUUUGUUGGUGAAGUUGUUGAAACAGCUAGAAUAGUUAUGAAAGAGAGGAAGGAAUCUGGAACAAUCCGGCCUUGUCAUCUGAGAGAAGCAUAUAGACGACUAAAGCUUGAAGGUAAAGUCUUCAAGAGAUCAGCCUCGAGACUCUUCCGGUAGAUGGACCAAACAUGAAUGUUGUGCAUAUCACCGGUUUGCAAUUCUGACUUGCAGAUAGAGUAAAUUUUGUAGUCUGUACCUUCAUGUUUCUACAUCUUGAUCUCCAUUUAAUUGGAACUAGUUAAUCGGUCUUGGGAGGUAAAUUAUGCAAAUUUCCCAAUUCCUACAACUAUAAAAUGUGCCAUGGAUGAAUGUAUAGGACCCAACAUCUUUUCUCUAUAGGAUGAGAAGAAGAGUCUUUCGAGUUGUCAAAUUUAACACUUUCAGCCUUGACAUACAUGUGAAUCCCAUUCCAUUUCCUGUAACUUUUCUAUUUAAUCAUUCUGAUAUGCCCUAUCAAAAUAAACAAAGUUGCAUUCAAUCCCA